UGUGUCCUGCCAGGUCAAAUGUUUUUGUCAGUGGAGUCUGAUGAGUUUGAAGAGAGCAUAGAUGGCUAUAACAGCGUCUGGGCUGUCAAACUCACACAAGUUGAUUUAGGUUACACAUUUAAAGUCUGAAUUAAUUCAGAUUGAGUAUUGAACUAAAACAAUGGCUAUAUGCGACGAUAGGUCUCUCUCACUCUGGUGGAUGGCACACUGUCGGCAUACUCGUAGGACAGGCCAGAGCCGAAGAGAAAGUUCUGAACUGGUGAAUAUGACAAGGUCUCUGAAAUCACACUUGCAAGUGCGACUUAAAAACAAGUGGUUCAUGCACAAGGCCUUUUGUAUGUUCAAUUAUGAUACGAAUAAUUGUUGUUUUUUUAUACAGCGCUUUUCAAAACAAAGCAACAAAGUACUUUAUAUGGUUGAAUCAGGCUUAAAAGAGUUCAGGACUGGAAUGAGGCACAAUCAGAUAAACCAAGAUGUCUCCAUGUACAAUAGAGAUGCAAUGGACACAACGAUCUGCUGCCUUAUCGCUGAUCUCAUAGACUCAUAGACUGUAUGAAUGUUUUUACAGGCCAGCAGCGCUACCGAGGAGGUUGUUCAGCAUCGCUCUGAGGCACAGCACUCCUCUGACUGCUCUAGCCUGGCUAAACUCACAGAGCAGCUUCAGGCCACACAGGGCAGGUAUCGUGACUUGGAGGAGAAGCUUGAUUACCUGCAGAAGAGCUCAGCUCAGCGGGACAGAACUGAAGCUCUGCUCAAACAGAAGGACAAGGACUGUGCCCAGCUGGCCAAGGACUGUGAGGCUCUAAAAGCUCAAGCAACUUCCCUCUUAGGAGAGCUGAACGAGAGACGGAGCUGCCUGGAGAAAAGCGAGCAUGAACGCAAAGUGUUGGAAGAAAAGCUGUGCAGUAAGAUGAAGGCCCUGCAGGUGGCAGAGCGGGAGCUGGAGCAGCAGAGGAAGCAGCAUCAUGUGGCCAUGGACAAGCUGCUGCUGCAGACCCAGAGCCUGGAGCAGGCCCUGAAGACCGAGAGACACGUCGUCACAGAGGAGAAGAAAAAACUGACCCAGUUGCAACAUGCCUACACAUGUCUCUUUAGAGACUAUGAUUCUAAACUGAAGAGUGAGGGAGGAGAUCUGUGCAGCCGACUAGAGGAGGCGGAGCAAGCGCUGGCCCUGAAGCAGGACCUGAUUGAUAAACUGAAGGAGGAGGUGGAGCAACAGAAAGGCUCCCUGGAGACUGUUCCGGUCCUCACUGCACAGGCUGAGAUCUACAAAGCAGACUUCCUAGCAGAGCGAGAAGCCAGAGAGAAGCUGAACCAGAAGAAGGAGGAGCUGCAGGAUCAGCUGACUCAGGCCCUGUCUGAGAUUGACAGGCACAAACAGGAAGCCACAUCACGUGCACGUAUGGAGCAAAUGAAGCUGAGGCACGUGGAAGACUUCCCAACGCGGGCCCCACACAUUCCCCCUCCACAAGCUUUCAACACGGUGCCCCCUGCCCCCUCGUUCCGAAAUCAGGGGUUGAUACCAGUCGGUGAUCAAGGGGCAGCCGGAGCUGAGGAGCUGCCAGAUUUAUGUUGUCCUAAGUGCCACUACCAGGCUCCAGAUAUGGACACGCUGCAGAUACAUGUCAUGGACUGUAUACAGUAACAUGAGCAUAGUUCAGCACGCCAUGACGCCAACACACACAGAUAUAUACAGUAUAUAUAUACAUACAGUAUAUUGACGGUCCUUGUGUCUACUCUCUGCACAUCCUGGAAAAACAUGUUGGUAGUUGCACCUUACUCCCUCUGCCAUGUAAAGAAACAAACCUGAAUACAUACUGUGGAUCUUACCAUUUUAAAAAUGACCAGCAUCAAUCAGAUGAAAGAAAUAAAAGAAUGACAGCCAGAUAAUCAGCAUGGUAUGUUCCCAGAGGUGCUCCGUGGAUUCCAAAUCUGCUGUAGCUUUUCCAUUUCUGCAACCCGUCCUUUUCUCGUCAUUCUUAUUUCUCUUAAUCACCCCCCCUCCCCCAUGCCUAGCCUCUUAGAUGGCACACUGAUGCACCUGUUCAUCAGUAUAUGUUUAUGAUCCCUGAUAUAUCGUCCCUCCUCAACCGAGGAGGUAACUACAUACUGUGCAAUACGUGUGUUUGACUGCAUCAUCCGUUGUAUACACAUUAGUAAUCAUUGGGCAUAAGGUGAAACAAGUGACAAUUCAGAGGGGUACUUUUCCCUCCAAAGGAGAAAACACAUGACAAUGUGAAUAACCUAGUGAGCUUUAAAUAAUAUAGAAUAUUCAAAUAUGUUCUGGUCAUACAUGUUGCUGUCUACAUUGCCUCAAAACCUGUAUUAUGUAUUAGAGAUGGAUUUACUCUUAUUGAAAAAAAGUAGCCAUUCUCUGUUCUGUGCCUGUGUAGACCACUGCUUUAUCUCUGAUGCUAGACCUGACCUUUAACACAACAUGGCUCUGUGUGUGCCCCUUAUUCUGUCUUCUCUCUACCUGUGGCACCUAGCUAUGUAUCUAUCCCAAGGUAAGCACAUUGAGGGUCUUUUAAACUUUGUGUGAAUAUUGUCAGUAAUUAUAGAUCAUUUGGGGCAAAGAAUCUCGUUUCAAAACUGUUGGAAGAUUUACGAAAUAAAAUAAUGAGAAAUCA